ACAGUUCAAUCAAUCAUGCAACUCCUCAUUCUCUUCUUCACCUUCGUCGCCUAUGCUUCUGCCUGCUUCGGUGGAGCAACUCAAAAUUCAUGCUGUCCUCCACCACAGUGCUGUGGUCCACCUCCAGCGUGUGGAAAUCCAUGCGGAGGAGGAUUCGGACCACCACCACCACCAUUCGGUCCAGUUGGAUAUGCUCUCCCUCCACCACCACCAAACGGUUAUGCACUUCCUGGAAAGUAGAUGUUUGGCUCAAUUGAUACCGUGCGCAAUGUUUGCCAUGUUCAUUUUUCUGUAUAUCUGGGAUAUUUUAUUCAAUUUCAAAUUUAACACAAAUAAAUAAUCAUC